AUGGUUGAAGAAGAUGCCAGCGGAGAUGAAGCGGACAUCAUCCUCAUCCCUCCAGAAGGUGACGUAUCUGACGGCUACUCCGGACCGGAGGACGAAGGCGAGGGCGACCCCGACCAUCCUUCUGCCCCCAUCCUGAAGUCUGAAGCUGAACUUCAGCGUCGCAGGAGUUCAAGGACUGAGACCACUCACCAGCCUACCGCGCGACGUCAUCAAGCUCAUCACACUGUGACGUGGAUGAAGCCAGCGCCUUCAUCGGGAAAGCCUACCAGGCUUUUCCCUGAGGCUAACUUCAGCCAGUUCUCGGGGAUGAGUCCAAACGAACUGGUAACACUCUUCCUUGGUGAGGAGAUCUUCGACCUCACUAUCAAGGAGAGCAGCCUCUACGCUCUUCGAAACGGACGCCAAGAUCCACAGCUGAGCAGGGAAGACAUCGCCAUCUUCAUCGGCAUCCUCGUCCUCACUAGCUACCUGACAGCAGUGAACACCAGGUUCUACUGGCAAGAGGCUGCGGACACUCACAAUGAGCUCAUAUGUCAAGCCAUGACGCGCAAUCGCUUUGACACGAUCAAGCGGAACCUCCACUUCUGCAGCGAGGAAGAUCCUGCUGACCGCUACUGGAAGCUCCGUCCGCUCAUCAAAAUCCUGCAGGUCAAGUAUAUGGAGCAUUUUGUUCCGCAGCAAGCUAUCUCCCACGACGAGGCCAUGAUCGCCUACUUUGGGCGACACGGUCUGAAACAGGCGAUCCGGAACAAACCGAUCCGUUUCGGAUUCAAGGCCUGGGCACAGAACACGCCAGACGGAUAUCUCCUGGCGUUCGACUUCUAUCAAGGAAGGGGAGUCGCGGAGCACACUGACGACAACGUUCAGCUUGUUGGAAAGAGCGGCGCCACCGUGCUCGAUCUGCUGGAGCACAUGAAGCAGGAGUUCCGCGAGCUGCCCUUCCAGUUCUUCGUGGACAACUAUUUCAUGUCCAUCCCCCUGAUGCAGGAGAUGACGAAGAGAGGAUACGACGUGACAGGCACGAUCCGGGAGAACCGCAUCCCUGGCACGACUGGCCUCAGUGCGACGAAGGAGUUUAGGAAGAAGGAACGAGGCAUGCACCAGGCUGUCACCAGUCGGGACGGGAACGUGAUUCUCGUCAGGUGGCAAGACAAUGCACCCGUCACUCUGGCCUCGACAUGCUACGGCGAUGUUCCCCCAGGCAAGGUGCGCCGUUACAGCCGUGUGCAGAAGCGACAUGUGGAAGUUGACCGCCCUCAUGUUGUCGGGAAGUACAACGAGAUGAUGGGCGGAACUGACAGGAUGGAUCAAAAUGUCAACCACUGCAGGAUCGCCGUCAAGGGCAAGAAGUGGUGGUGGCCGAUCUUCACAUGGCUUGUGGACACGGCAGUCCACAACGCCUGGCGUCUUUACUGCCGCGCUGGCGGCACGAUGACUUAUGUCCAGUUCCGUCGCGAGUACGCCUGCACCAUCCUGCGACGAUGGGCCAGGGGAAGCAAGCCCAUGAUGAACCGCAACCUUGCGGCUCCAGGAUCCGAGGCCAUCCGCUUCGACGGGAUGGGACACAUCAUCAUCAAGGCCCCGUCACGGGGGACCUGCCGGAAUGAAGGCUGCACGGCGAAGGUGGGAACCAAGUGCGUGAAGUGUGCUGUGUUCCUGUGCGUCAACUGCUUCGCCGGCUUCCAUGGCGUCGCCCAGUGA